ACCUCCUCCUCCUCUGUUCUCACUCUGCUUCUCUGUAUAUCUCUUCUCUGCUUCUUCUUCUUCUCUGCUUCUUCUCUACUUCUUCUAUACUUCUUCUAUACUUCUCUCUCAAUGUCGACCCAGCAAUCCCUACAGGCCUUCUCCGCUGAGGACGUCGCCAAGCACGGCAGCGAGGAAUCCCUCUGGAUCAUCAUCGACGGCAACGUCUACGACCUCUCCUCCUUCCAGAACGAGCACCCCGGCGGCAAAAAGAUCCUCAAGCGCGUCGCGGGCAAAGAUGCGUCAAAGAUGUUUUGGAAGUACCACAGCGCCGGCAUUCUCAAGAAGUACUCUCCCAAGCUGCAAAUCGGCACCAUUGGCUCGGCCGCUGCUCCUCCUCCCGCCCUUGCUCCCGCGCCUGCUCCGCAGAAGCAGUCGACUGCUAAAGAGCCCUUCGAGGCCUACGGCGACAUGAUCCCAUUCGGCGAUCCGUCCUGGUACCAGAGCUACUACUCCCCCUACUACAACGAGUCCCACGUCGCGCUCCGCAACGAAGUCCGCGAAUGGGUCGAGUCCGCGCUCGAGCCCAACGCCGGCGAGUGGGACGAGAAGAAAGAAGUCCCGCCCGAGAUCUACCACGAGAUGGGUCGGCGCGGGUACCUCGCCGGCGCGCUCGGCGUGCACUAUCCGACCGAGUACACCGACAUCCGGCCUGCGAGCGUCGCGCCCGAGCAGUGGGAUCAUCUGCAUGAGUUUAUCUUGACCGACGAGAUCGCGCGCGCGGGCUCGGGCGGGUUGAUCUGGAACCUGCUGGGUGGAUAUGGAAUCGGCGCGCCGCCGGUGGUCAAGUUUGCGACGCCCGAGGUUAAGAAGCGCGUGUUGCCGGGCCUGCUCGCGGGUGAGAAGCGGAUCUGUCUGUGCAUCACCGAACCUGACGCCGGAAGUGACGUCGCGAACCUGACGACCUCGGCGAAGAAGACCGAGGACGGCAAGCACUACAUUGUCAACGGUGAAAAGAAGUGGAUCACGAACGGCAUCUGGGCCGAUUACUUCACCGUCGCCGUGCGCACAGGAAAGCCAGGCAUGAACGGCGUCUCGCUCUUGUUGAUUGAGAAGACGAUGCCGGGCGUGAACGUCCGCCGGAUGGACUGCUCGGGCAUGUGGAGCUCCGGCACCACCUACGUCACGUUCGAGGACGUCAAGGUCCCGGUCGAGAACCUGAUUGGCAAGGAAGACCAGGGCUUCAAGGUCAUCAUGACCAACUUCAACCACGAGCGGCUGGGAAUCAUCAUCCAGGCCAACCGCUUCUCGCGCGUGUGCUACGAGGAGUCGAUCAAGUACGCGCACAAGCGCAAGACCUUUGGCAAGCGCCUCAUCGACCACCCGGUCAUCCGCACAAAGCUCGCAAACAUGGCGAUCCGCAUCGAAGCCACGCACAACUGGCUCGAAAACAUGAUUUUCCAGACCUGUUCGAUGAGCGAGCAGGAGGCCAUGCUCCGUCUCGGCGGCGCCAUCGCGGGUUUGAAAGCGCAGGCGACGCAGACGUUUGAGUACUGCGCGCGCGAGGCCGCGCAGAUCUUUGGCGGACUGUCGUACUCGCGCGGCGGACAGGGCGGGAAGGUCGAGAGGCUGUACAGAGAGGUGCGCGCGUAUGCGAUUCCUGGUGGAUCGGAGGAGAUCAUGCUCGAUCUCACGAUGCGCCAGUCCAUCCGCGUGCACCAGGUGCUGGGAGCGAAGCUCUAAGGCAGUAAAUAAAACGAGGCUACUUCCUUUUUUCAAGUCUAUCUUUUUUCAAGUUCAAGUAUUAUUUGGGAGUUUGGUGGGUAUAUUUCUGAUGCUCUGCUUGCCUCAUAUUGUUUUUCGCUAGUGUAUGUUCAUGUUCAAUUGUAUUUCCGUUUCCGUACAAAGAGGAAAGAGAGCCGCGCGUCGAAGUGGUGAAGAGCUGGACGACGGAGUAGCCCAGGAGUGUCCCAGCGGAGUCUCCCGGCGUCGCAGAAGGCCGACCACAGCCA